AUGACAUCGCUGCCGCUGCCGCUGCCGCUGCCGCUGCCGCCGCCGCCUCUGCACCCGACCCCGACCACCGUCUCUUCCACUCCAACGCCCUGCGACUCCUGCACCAGCAUGGCGCCCAAGAAGAAGAAGAAGCCCGCCGCCAACCCCGCGCGCGCCGUCGCCACCACCUCCAUCGCGAGCAAGCCCAAGGUCGACAAGAAGCUCGACUCCGCCGACGUCUCCGAGACGGGCAGCGCUGCCACGCCCGCCACCCCCGUUACGCCUGCCGAUGCCGCUCCCUCUCCUGCCGGCGCCGCCCCUGCGCCCCGCGAGCUGCACCAGCUCAGCCCGGAGGAGCUCGAGCUGCAGCUGGAGCGCAACGAGCUGCAGUUCUUGGUGGAGAAGCAUGCCCAGAAGGUCCGCAAGGAGUCCUCGCGCCACAUCUCCCGGAUCCAGACGGACCGCCGUGUCCUCCGCACCCAGGCCCAGUAUCUGCCCACCCGUGAGUGGCUGCCGCAGGACCUCGCGGCCCAGAUCCUGGAUCUUAUAAAGGAUGAGAUAAACGGAGACUUCUCCUCCCCGGAGCACAAGUUUUCUAUCCGCAGUCUUUCCGAGGAAGACGCUGUGCUCCGCCUGUGGACCUUGAGCCAGACUCUGGUCGACAUGGGCUUCUCGAAAGAGAGAGUCCGCCAGAUGCUGCAACUUAUUUGCCGGAACCCGCCACCUUUCGAUACCAACACCCCCAUCUGGGGCCUCCAGGAAUGUCUGGAUUGGUUUGCCGUUAAUUGCUCCUCCGAGGAACUUCCGCCUUACGAAAGCCAGGCUCUGCCGCCGGCGAUUGACACCAGUAGCUCUUCAAGGUCCAAUUCUCCAAAACGCUCAGGGACGCCUGCUUCUGAUCGGGUCCCUGCAUCCAAGCAAAAUCCAGGCCCCCCUCAGCAAGAAGCUGAUGACCCUGCUCCAUCCGAAGGAGAUUUCGAGGUCAGCGAUCUUGACAGCGACAUGGAGCCGGAUCAGUUGCUUGAGACUUAUAUUAGCGCCAAGUCUCGCCUGUUCCAAGUUAAUCCGGACCUUGUCGCUACAGCUAAUUCUCGUUCAAAAUCUACUAAGAAGCCUCGCGGCGUUCAAAAGCCGACCUCGCUGCCAAGAGGCGCUCUAAAGCUUCAGAACAAGAUUCAGCAGAUCGAAUCAGACGCUUUAUUUGACCAGCGAGAGGCUGAUGAAAAGUGGGCAUCGAUACGCAUAGAACUGGCUCGGGAAGCAUCCGGUAAACCGAAACGCCCUAAGGAGACUAGAACUAAGGAACCGGACAGCUCAGCAGAGCCAGAAUCCAACAACGCAAACGCCGCCGAUGACAUCAUGCAACAGGCUGCUGCAUUCGGUGAUGUUCUAACACAAGACGCGGAUGAUGGCGAUGGCCUCCUCGGAGGGAUGUUUGCAGCUGAACCAGGAGACAACCAGCCCCUGGCGACCGGUGAUUCUACUGGGGACUCUGUGUCAGCUACCAUACGCGAUUUUGGUAAAUCCACGGGCAUGAACCCACGUAGGAUAUUGGAAGAAGCCUGUCGCGCAAGAGACUCCGGAGUACGUCUAACCUACAAGCACGUCUCACCCACCACGUACUCAAGCCGCCAUUCCGUGACAAUCACUUGGACAAAGGAUCAAGAGUCUAUUGAUGCUUCAGCAAUCCCUGAUAUUAAUUGCGAGGUUGGACCACGGUCCACCACCUUUACUAUGAUUAAAGUGGCAACUCCAGGGACCCAACAGAGUGAGGCAUACGUCUCUGUCGUUGCGCUCUUUUUAAUUUUCUCGGUUUCUUCCAAAGAGGAAAAAGUUUACAUGAGGCUUCCACCGGCUUGGAGGGAUCUCUGGGCAGAGUUCUCCGAGGCGCAGAAGAACAUUACUGAUGAAAAGGAUCGGGAGAUGGUCAAGGAUAUUCGCGGUAUCGUCCACGAAACGCUCGAAAGAGAGGACGAGGAUGGUGUUGUCUUGAUGAACGGCUUCAAGAAACGCGGCAAGGGUGUGGGAGAUGGUAAUGGGGAGUCGAAUCUCCCAAUACGCACCAACGAGAUCUCUGAAGAUGACUCGGAGCGCUUGAGAGAGAUGUGGCGACGAAAAACAUCAACGCCAUCGUAUCAGCGCAUGCUCACCGCAAGGUCUCAACUGCCAAUGACGCAUUUCCGGGAGGCUGCAAUGUCGGCCAUUGAACGGAACCAAGUCGUCAUUCUCUGCGGUGAAACCGGCUGUGGCAAGAGUACUCAGCUGCCCGCGUUUCUCCUCGAACAUGAGCUAUCCAACGGCCGUCCCUGCAAAAUUUACUGCACCGAACCUCGCCGUAUCUCUGCCAUUUCUCUGGCGCAGCGUGUUAGUGAAGAAUUGGGCGAGAACAAAAGUGACGUUGGUACUUCCCGAUCUCUGGUUGGAUAUGCUAUUCGUUUGGAGUCCCAUACGGCAGCGUCAACACGUUUGGUCUAUGCCACCGUCGGUAUCGUUUUGCGUAUGCUUGAAUCUUCUAAAGGGUUGAACGACAUCACGCAUCUAGUAAUAGACGAGGUCCACGAGCGGAGCAUCGAUACGGAUUUUUUGCUCAUUGUUCUUCGGGCUCUGAUGGUCCGUCGCCCUGAGUUGAAAGUGGUUCUCAUGAGUGCCACCGUCGACGCAGAUCGCUUCUCGAAGUACUUGGAUGGUGCUCCCAUCGUAACUGUUCCAGGCCGCACUUUCCCUGUCCAGACAAAGUUCCUGGAAGACGCCAUUGAGCUGACGCACUACGACGUCAAAACCCAGAAGACAUCCUAUGCUGACCAAGAGGCCGCUGAGGACGAUGAUGACAGCGCUGAAAACAACAAGUCCGGGACUGGGGGGAAUCUCCAGGGCUACAGUCCCGCAACUCGGAAUGCCCUCAAAGAAUACGACGAGUACAGAAUCGACUAUGAGCUCAUCAUCCGCUUGCUCGAGAGGGUGGCGUACGAUCCUGGCUACACCCAGUUCAGCAAAGCGAUCUUGGUGUUCCUGCCCGGUAUUGCGGAGAUCAGGCAACUGAAUGACAUGCUUGUCGGUCACGAGUCGUUUGCCCAGAAUUGGCUCGUGUACCCGUUGCAUUCCACAAUCGCGAGCGAGGACCAGCAGGCAGCUUUCCUGGUCCCACCGCCCGGCGUGCGCAAGAUUGUGCUCGCCACCAACAUUGCGGAAACUGGUAUCACAAUUCCGGACAUCACCUGCGUGGUGGACACCGGUAAACACAAGGAGAUGAGGUUCGACGAGAGGAGACAGUUGUCCCGUUUGAUCCAGUCAUUCAUCGCGCGCGCCAAUGCUAAGCAGCGGAGAGGAAGAGCUGGUCGUGUUCAAGAAGGCCUUUGCUUCCACCUAUUCACAAAAUAUAGACACGAUGAACUUAUGGCCGAGCAGCAAACGCCAGAGAUGCUCCGGUUAUCGCUGCAGGAUCUCGUCAUGCGUGUCAAGAUCUGCAAGCUUGGCGAUAUCGAGCCAACCCUGUCGCAGGCUUUGGAUCCUCCGUCAACCAAGAAUAUCAGGAGGGCAAUUGACGCCUUGAUCGAAGUGGAUGCUUUGACCGCAAGCGAGGAAUUAACACCGUUGGGGAGGCAGCUGGCGAAGCUUCCUCUCGAUGCCAAUCUUGGAAAACUCGCGCUUCUUGCAAGCAUAUUUGGCUGCGCCGACGUGGCCAUAACCAUUGCCGCCAUACUCUCCUCAAAGGACCCGUUCAUAGCCCCCUUUGGCCAGCGACAGCGCGCAGACUUAGCCCGGCUGGCCUACAGGCGUGGCGACUCCGACCUUCUGACUGCGUACAACGCCUACUCGACGUGGCGCAAGGUAUGCACGACGCCGGGGCAAUCCGAAUUCCAAUUCUGCCAGAAGAACUUCCUCAGCCGGCAGAAUCUGGCCAACAUCGAGGACCUCAAGUCACAGCUCCUCAGCUCGCUCGCCGACGCCAACUUCGUCGCCCUCACGCCCGAGGAGCGCCAGGCCCUCAACCGCUACAGGCCCUCAUCGCGCAGCCGCAGCUUCGUCCCCGUCCUCGCGUCCGCCAACGCCAACGCCCAGAACGACUUACUCAUCUCCGCCGUCGUUGCCUGGUCCUUCUACCCCAAGCUGCUCACCCGCGACGGCAAGGGGUGGCGCAACGUCGCCAGCAACCAGUCCGUCUCACUCGCGCCGACGUCGGUCAACAAGCACCCGCCGCCGGGCACCUCGCUGCGCUACCUCUCCUACUACCACAUCAUGCAGUCGGGCGCCAGCAAGCUGUACAACGCGCACUCGACGUCGGUCGCGCACGACGUGCCGCUCGCCCUCUUCGCCGGCUCCGCAAGCGAUGCCGACGCGCGCCUGCACGCGGGAGUCGUCGCCCUUGACGGCAACCGCCUGCGCUUCGCCGUCAGGGACUGGAAGACGUGCCUCGUCGUCAAGGUGCUGCGCCAGCGCGUGCGCGACGUCGUCAACGCCCUGCUGCGCAAGCCCGGUCCGCAGACGCUGAACAGGCGGCAGGCGAGGUGGCUGGAGCUGUUCUUGAAGGUCUUCGAUCGCGAGGGCCGGGAUAGGGAUACCGGGAGCGCGGUCAGAAAGGCUUGA